AUGGAAGUACUGAUACCUCAUCCUACCCGUCAUAACCAUUUUUCUUGGCUCAAUCAUGUCAAGGAACCAGUUUACAUCUUGCCUAAUCCUAGCAUCUCCGCCUUUUCCACUAGCGACCCCGAAACUUGGUUCUUGCCUGAAGAGUUACACGAUGAUGAUGCAGGAGAUGAUGAUCAAAUGCAUGUCGACGAUUCCAAUGCUGGUAGUCCAUUUGAGGCCGAAGACCAUUAUGACCUCCCAAUCCGACAAUUGCCACCGCCUUAUUAUGAUCAGCCCUCGGGGUCACACUUUCAGCCACAACAUGAGUACCACUCUUAUCAUCAACACAAUGAGCCCGAUCUCGAGCACGAAUUCCCUCUUGACAUCUAUAGUCAGCUUGCUUCAUUGCGCCUCCAGGGCAACCAGAAUACGACAGCUAUUCAUUGCAUCGAGGAGCAGCAAGCUCGCACCAACAACUACAUGGCAGAUCUUUGGUAUCAGUUUCGGCCCGAAUAUGGUUACCCCCCUCGUGGGCCUCCUCCACCUUGA